CACCUCAACAGCAGCGUGCAAAGAAACACGCUCGCACAUGCACACACAUGCACUCACACACACGCACGCACGCACUCACACACACGCGCACUCACACACACACAUCUCUGCAUCCUGUGUUUUUUUGCCCAUGCACCGGGAACCGGGCGCUUUGAGGAGCGGUGGUGGAUUAUGAUGAUGAUGAUGAGGAGGAUGAUGAGGAUGAUGAUGAUGAAGCCAGAUUCUAUAACAGCGGAAUAUUGGCCUCUCCUGCGGCUCCGACUCCACUAAACCGCGUGUUUUUUAUUUUUUAUUUUUUUAUUUAUUUCAGAUGUAUUCCUGAAUUGCUUGUCCGUUACUUCUGAGCGCCGAGAGACCGCCGAGACGCACAGCCCACGUUCAAUGCCGUUGGAACAUGUCCUAUGUUCCCUUUCAAGAUGCAAGGUGUGCCGUCCCCCCCUCCUAUCAUCAUCACCAUCAUCGCUCCCAGCCUCCCCACUCCUUCCACGCUCCCUCCUACGACCGUCCUGCUCAAGACCGUCCCUCCUUCGACCGUCCCUCCUUCGACCGCCCCGCCUACGACCGCCCUUCCUUCGACCGUCCCUCCUACAACCGCCCCUUGCAAGAGCGCCCCAUCUACGAGCGACCCUCGCACGACCGUCCGCCACAGGACCGCUGGAACCCCCGUAUCCGUGUGAGCCCUGGAAAUCAGUUCUACAUGUUGGACCAGGAGGAGGUUCACCCUUUGCUGAUGCGCGAGAGGCGCUCAGAGUCUCACAGGAACAAGCUGCUGCGGCGGACAGUCAGCGUUCCUGUUGAGGGACGGCCCCAUCCCGAGAUGGAUCAUCGCCCCCGGCGGAAGAGCAUAGCUACAGGGAAGCAGCCCAGCAUGGACGUCUCUCCCACUGCCCCCCUUCAACCCUUCCGACAAUCCGUGAGUAACCCCCUCUGUUCCCGGCCUCGCUCGCUGCCUCCGACCCUCUCGCUCUCCCUCCUCCCUCCUCCCGCCCUGGGCCCGCCACACACCUGUGGCCGCCGGGCCAGUGGCACCCCGCCUCACCCUUUCCCUCCCUCCCUGGCUGUCUCCCCUUCCUUCGCCCUGUGCCAGCAGCCGCACCGGCAGCAGCGGCGAAAGGGCUCGAAGAAGGGGCCCAGCACGCCCCCCUUGCCCCGCUCGCUGCCCCUCUCCCCCUCCCUGUCCUUCACCCUGCCCCACUCGCCCGCCGCAUCCUCCUCCUCCCACCCCUUCUCAUACUGGGGCGGAGACUGGAGGGCUGCCGGUUCGAGUCCAGUGGCGCGAGGAACGUUCAUUCCACCACUGCCCCUUUUUGAGAGUUUCCUCAGUAGAAGGUUGAAGGGCUCGAUCAAGAGGGCCAAGAGUCAGCCCAAACUGGACCGAACCAGCAGCUUCCGCCACAUGAUCCUCCCCCGCUUCCGCAGUGCCGACCAAGACAGGACCCGUUUGAUGCAGAGCUUCAAAGAGUCCCACUCCCAUGAGUCCCUGCUGUCUCCCAGCAGCGCCGCCGAGGCGCUGGACCUCACCCUGGACGAGGACGCCAUCAUCAAACCUGUCCACUCCAGCAUCCUGGGACAAGAGUACUGUUUUGAGGUGACUACGGCAUCGGGAACCAAGUGCUUUGCGUGUCGCUCAGCUGCAGAGAGAGACAAAUGGAUCGAGAACCUGCAGAGAGCUGUCAAGCCCAACAAGGACAACAGCCGGAGGUCGGACAAUGUGCUCAAACUGUGGAUCAUCGAGGCCCGCGAGCUUCCAGCCAAGAAGCGCUACUACUGCGAACUUUGUCUGGACGACAUGCUGUACGCGCGCACCACCAGCAAGCCCCGCACCGACACUGUGUUCUGGGGCGAGCACUUUGAAUUCAACAACCUGCCAGCCAUCCGCAACCUUCGCCUUCAUCUAUACAAGGAGACGGACAAAAAGAGACGCAAGGAAAAAAGCACAUACUUAGGACUGGUAAGCAUCCCCAUCUCCAGCAUCACGGGCCGUCAGUUUGUGGAGCAGUGGUACCCGGUCAUCCAGCCCAGCGUCCUCACCAAGGGAGCUGGGGUCGGGGGAGGGAAGAUCAUCAACGCAUCCCUACGCCUCAAAUCCCGCUUCCAAACCAUGAACAUCCUGCCCAUGGAGCUGUACAAGGAGUUUGCAGAGUACGUCACCAAUAACUACCGCACACUGUGUGCUGUGCUGGAGCCCGUGCUGAGUGUCAAGAGCAAAGAGGAAGUGGCCUGCGCCCUCGUGCACAUCCUGCAGAGCACAGGGAAGGCGAAGGAUUUCCUGUCAGACAUGGCGAUGUGUGAGGUGGACAGAUUCAUCGACCGAGAACACCUUAUCUUCAGAGAGAACACUCUGGCCACCAAAGCCAUAGAAGAGUACCUCAAACUGAUCGGACAUAAGUACCUCAAGGAUGCUAUAGGGGAGUUCAUAAGGGCCUUGUACGAGUCAGAGGAAAAUUGCGAAGUGGAUCCCAUGAGAACACCCCCCUCUGUGCUCCCGGACCACCAAGCCAAUCUCCGAAUGUGCUGUGAACUGGCGCUCUGCAAGAUUGUCAACUCCCAUUGCGUUUUCCCUCGAGAGCUAAAGGAGGUUUUUGCCUCGUGGAGAGUGCGCUGUGCCGAGCGUGGUCGAGAAGACAUCGCCGACCGCCUCAUCAGCGGUUCCCUCUUUCUACGCUUCCUGUGUCCCGCCAUCAUGUCCCCGUCGCUCUUCAACCUCACGCAGGAGUAUCCCGACGAGCAGACGUCACGCACGCUCACCCUCAUCGCUAAAGUAGUGCAGAACCUGGCCAACUUCUCCAAGUUUGGCAAUAAAGAGGAGUACAUGGGUUUCAUGAAUGAGUUUUUAGAGAUGGAGUGGGGCUCCAUGCAGCAGUUUCUCUUCGAGAUCUCCAACCUGGACAGUGUCAGUAAUGCCGGCGGCUUCGAGGGCUACAUCGACCUGGGCAGGGAGCUCUCCAUACUGCACAGUCUGUUGUGGGAGGUCAUUGCUCAGCUCAGCAAGGACGCCAUAAUCAAAUUGGGUCCGCUGCCGCGCCUCCUGAACGACAUCAGCAUGGCGUUGCGUAACCCUCACCUCCAGAGGCAGCCCAGCCAUCAGACAGACAGGGUCCAGGAGAGACAGGCGGACAGGCUGCUGUCCCGGCCGAGCUUCAACAGGGGCAUCUCGUCCGACUUUCAAAAUCUCAUGAUGAGGGAUCUUAAUAGCUCUAUAGAUAUCACUCGCUUGCCUUCCCCUACCUCCACCGGAGGGGUGAUGCCAUCGCGCUCGCAGAUGAGUUUUCAGGACCGUGACCACCCUCAUCGAGCGUCCUCCAAAGACAUGUUUUACGUAUCACGCCCCCCCCUGGCCCGGUCCAGCCCGGCCUACUGCACGAGCAGCUCGGACAUCACCGAACCCGACCCUAAGGAUUCCCGAAUGAACAGCGUGUCUAACCUGCAGUCGGUGGACAUGCUCAACUCCUCCCAGGCCUCCAUCGCCGGCAUGGGCAGCUUCGGAGGGCUGAGCAGCGGAGGCGGUGGCGGCCUGGGGUCGGGCCUGAGCAGCCAGCUGCGGGCCGGUGGGAGGUUGUCAGCUGGCUCUGGCGGCUCCAGCAUGUCCGGCGGCCUCCGGCUGAGCCAGCUGAGCCAGAUGGGCACCACCACCGACUCGCUAUCCCAGCAGCAGCAACAGCAGGCCGCCGCCAUGCGCUACCCGCUUUCCUUCCAGAAUCCCCUCUUUCAUCUGGCGACCGCUGACGGGCCUCAGCAGCAACAGCUCCACCACCAGCACAGCCGGGCUCAACCCCCAGCGCCCCUGCUCCUGACCCCAGAGCCGGAGCCCUCCCACCAGGCCUACAUCCCACAGUUCGCCCACGGGGGGUUCUCUCGCAGUGAGGACCUGUCCACCCUCAGGACCAGGGACGGUCACCUGGGCCAACCCAGCAUCAUCCACUCACACAGCUACAGUGACGACUACAGCAGGGCUGAAUAUGGACGCAGGCAGAUGUCCGUGCAUGCACAGGAAAACCUCCAACAGCAGCAACAAAUAAUGGGCAUGGCCUCCCAGACCGGAACCUCCCACUCCUCCCUGGCCGCCACGCCCCCCACCACAGUCCUACCUGUCCGCCAGAGUUCCGUUGCCCCGCCUCCCGCACAGCGUGUCAAAUCCCAGACUUCCCACCAGCUGUCCGUCAGUGCAGCUGCCGCUCCCGCCGCUCCCGCCAAAACGCGGCCGCAGAGCGGGAACCUCCUCCAGUCGCCGGAGUCUGGCUACGGCGGCAGGCAGCACGGGCCCCGGCAGCUGUCCGUCAAAGACAACACGGCCCCGGGCCUGCCCCACCAGCAGAGCUCCGUCAGGGAAAACCAGAGUCCACAGGGAACCACCGGUCAGAGCACCCAACAGUCACCACAGCAGCAGCAGCAGUCUCAGCAGCAGCAGCAGCAGCAGCAGCAGCACCUUCUCAAACCCACCAUGAGCAAACAGGGCUCCCAGACUCCAUCCACCCUCAAUCCUCCGACACCGGCCAACGAGCGGACCGUGGCCUGGGUGUCCAACAUGCCUCAUCUGUCAGCUGACAUCGAAAGUUCGCGGAUCGACCGUGAGGAUUUCAAGCUGAAGGAGUACUCAAAGAGCAUGGAUGAGUCACGCAUGGACAGGGUACGCGAGUACGAGGAUGAGAUCCACUGCCUGAAGGAGCGGCUGUCGAUGUCCCACAAAAAGCUGGAGGAGUACGAGCGGAGGCUCCUCACGCAGGAGCAGCAGACCAAUAAGAUCCUCCUGCAGUACCAGAAUCGACUCGAGGACAGCGAGCGGAGGCUACGGAGCCAGCAACAGGAGAAAGACUGCCAAAUUAAAGGAAUAAUUAGCAGACUCAUGGCUGUGGAGGAUGAGAUAAGGGGAGGACCCGUGAUUGAGCCAAAAACCAGGAUUUUCCCUGAUCAGGAGGACCAGCUUUCCUCCCUGGGUUCUGCAGACCCCGGUGUGAAAACUGAAGGUGGAGGGGGAGGAGGAGGACAAAGAGGAGGAGCGGUAACCAACCAUCAAGGCCUCAGAGUCUCUUCCUCAGGCAUUUCCUCUGACAGCUCGCCCCACAAUGGAGUCCUCCUUCAAACCGUAGACCCUCCCUCUCUGCCCGCUCCUCAUCAGCACCCUAGUCAGAAUGGAGAGCUCCGUGGCAACCAAACAUCCUCCCCCAUGACAACGUCACGGGCAUCUGGAACCACGGCAACUACAGGCAUAGCAGAGGAAAGGGGAGUAGGUCAAACACAACACUGAGCCAAAUCAGAGAGAGAGGACACUAAAGGAAAAGGAAAACGCCGACCCCGUGUUUUCCCGUUUAGCGAGACAAUGCUUUGAAACUCGAAAAAUCGCCAUUGAUAUUCUCACAACACCUGGGCGAGAGAGAGAAGAACAGUGUGCAGGGGACGAGUAGUAACCACAAUCCUACUGUACAGUGCAUAACACAUCAACACACAACACAAAGGGCUCUUCUACGGACACUUUUACUCUCGACGCUCACGCGGAGCUGCCGUUCGUAUCAGUCUUGCAGGACAAGAUAAUGAUACCUGAUCACACACUGGUUGAAUCAGUCACACCAAGCAAUCGACGAACACACCAAGCCGAUAUAUGAACAUCUGCUCCGUGCACUCAUUUCCCGUCUGUGGCUUCACGAGAAAAAAUCCACACACGUGAGGAACAAGCGCUUAUAGAAUGUCUUGCACCCCCCCAAAGACUUCAUAGUAGCCAUCAGCGAAGACGUGCUACAAGCGAGCUUAUAGUUACUCUUGACUCCCGUGGAUGUACUGUAGGUGCAGUAAAUAAGCCGAUCCUGAACACGCCAGGCUGCAGAUGUGUGAGGCAGAGAGGUGGCGAUGUAGUCUGGCUUCUUUAGUGCCUUUGAGUGUUUUACAACAGGGUUUUCCAAUAGAGAUAACAGGUGGAGAUCCAUGUUUUAGUUUGAUCUAUGGGCUGGAAACAGAGAUUCAAAGACACGAGAUCGUAAAAAAAAGGUUUGAGUGACGUUUUUGGGAAUUUGUUUUAUUUUUUUUUCCACUCUAAGGGACUUCUUGUUUUUGGACUUGAGCUCGUGCAAUUUUUCUCUUCUCAAUCUCAGAACCAAUAUGUGAUAAACUGGUGCUAAACAGAAACAAAUGGUGCCAUUUUCCAAGUCAAAUGUCUGUCUGCCAUAGCACUGCCUCUUUCAUGAUUCACUCACUGUCUCUUCUCUCUCUCUUCUGUCUCUGACAGGAUCCCCCUCCAGUAUGUUGUUGUACCUGUCUCUGUGUUUGUUCUUUGUGCAUCCUGUCGUGUUCUGAUGUCGAGAGUCGGGAGUUUCCAUGUCUGUGUUUUAGCAGCAUCCUCCUCCAAUCUCUGGUUUUGAUUUACAGAUAUUAAAACGCAGCUCUGCAGCUCAAAUUUGAAGGAUCAGCUUCUGAACACAUGGAGACAGAAGUCCUUAAACUCUAUUUUCAGUUUACACAGACCAACAAUCAUUUUAAAAUUAAGAUACUUGAAAACAUUCUUUCAGUUAAAAAGUAUUAUUUGGUUUCCAUAUACAUAAGAUGAGUCUUUGUUUUUAAGUUUUUAAGUUUUCUCAAACAUGUUUCACCAAAAAUAAUGUUAAACGCUAAUGACAGAUUGUUAUUUGCCCCCUUAUGUUUUUAGUUUGGGGCAUGUACCACAUUGAAUUACAGAAACCAUUGCAAGGAUCUUUUUGUUCAUUCUCAAAUGACAAUUUCAAAACUUUAGGUUUGCUAAGCUUGCCAUUAAGUGCCUGGGAUAAGUAUAUUCAGCAUCCUUUGGCCAGUAGAUUAGCCAGUCAUCAACCAAAUGCACCAUAAAAAGCCUUGCUUAAGACUUUGAGAAUAUAUUACACAGAAGAUGCUUUCAGAUUUUGAAUAAUUUCUUACAUGUUCCUUUCAAAAGAAACUAAACGAGCGGCAUCUAUUUGUGAAAAUGUUUAAUAAUAGGAUUAGACCAUUUAAUUUACAGGAGAUUUUAGACGAUUUUAUGUAUUUUCUUUAAAUUAACUCUUCAGUUUCUCGUGUGUCUAAUGCUGAGUCGUUGAAAUGUGUGUAAUGUGUAUCCAUAAUCCUUCAUGUUGUGUAUGAAUAUGUCUGUUGAAAGGUUUGUCUGGAUGUGAACCUGUUUUUUGUCCCCGUAGCCUCACACGCCGGUGUCGCUCUGCAACAACUCACCUUCUAUAAACCAAGAAAAGUUCAAGGGUUUCACUUCAGCUUUGUUUCAGCCACUUUUCACCUCAGACAGAAAUAAAACGACUCACUUUGCAGAGUCCGAGAUCGAAAUGGCCAAAGCUAAUAGUUCAUAGUCAAGAGCUGGUAGAUUAUUUUAGAUUAGAUUCAUAUUUAUAGUCAAUGAACAGAUUGUCUCGUAUUCAGACAGCUUGUAAGGCUACUUUUUCUCUCAUGAGUCUGAUUCACGUGGGAUCCAAAGCGGGCUAUAGGUUUGAACAUCCAGUCUUCUCAGAGCCGAUUGAGAAAUUAUCAUUGCUGUGAAAAUACCUCAGUGACUCAGGUAAACAAGCAGUUGCCUCAGAGCUCAACACACAAAACUUUAGCGCAGAGACUAGUCCAGCUUUGGAAAGACUGCCACCGCGCAGACACUCGGUCAAUAGCUAUGCUUCAAUAGCACCUGAUCAAGCACCCUCCUCCGUUUCUUCUCUCUCUCUGUUUCCCUUUUUCCUUCUCCCCCCUAGCCACUCUCAAAGCUUCAUGGUGGAGGACAAUGUGGAACCUAAUUGGCUGAUGCGCCAUCGGCAGUCCACAGGGUGGCAUGGCCAAAUGUCCAGAGCCCUCUCUCGUGACGCGAUUGGCUGACAAAGGGAGAACUUGGGGCAUUGGUCCCAGUCUCUUUGCUCAAAGGAUGGUGCAGAGCCCCAGCGGACCAUGUAAGGAAAUGCUGGGGUCCUUUUUUUUUUUUUUUUCUCUUCCACUUUACCUGGGCCCUCUCUCUCUGAUUUGAUGACAGGAUUUUUUUUUUUUUAAGUGUGUCUGACGCCUUGUGAUUGGAUCUACGUUUUACUUUUAAAAGGCAGGCCGGACAUGUAUUUGGCUUUCGGCGGCCUGCCGAGCAUGCAAAGAACAGCUAUGCAGUCCGAUCAGUCGGCAGAGCGGAGGAACACAAAGACCAAGGAGGGCGCGAUGCUCAAAAUGAGAGAGAGGGGAGAUGUUUUGUGGGGUAAGAUGUAUUUCAACGGUGCUUGACUUCUCUUGAAAUUUCAGUCAAAGCUGAUAUACUUUCAAAGCAUUUAUUUCCCCCUCUCUCUCUCUCUUUCUCUCUUUCUCUCUCUCUCUCUCUCUCUCUUUCGUAGUCUUUUCAAAUUACCCUUUGAUUCCUCUUCAUCUGCUCACUCUUUAUCUAUCUAGGAUUCUCAAAGCAUUAUUUAACCACUUCCUUCUUACUCCUUUUUGAAACACACUUGACUUGUGUCUUUACUCCAUAGUUUAUAGCUCUUCCGUUUGAAUCUCUUUCAGACUUUGACUUUUAAAGGAAACUAAAUAUGCACAGCCUAAUACAACACGUGAAUCUGCUUCAGAAACAAAGCUCUGGCUUCCAGUGAAGAAACCGGACAGAAUGUUUAUUAUUUAUAUUUCUAUGAUACUGCUUAUUCUUACAAUAGUGUAAAAGAACAACAUCCUCAUCAGAAACCUUCAGGAGCAGAUAUUUAUUUCUUGAUAUAGAUAGACGCCUCUAUCUAACGGAAGCUCAUGAAUAAUCCAUUUUAUAUGAACCGAGUUUUCUUACUGAGACAAUCUUGUGGAGAAGUGAAUCGUUGCCCUGAUGGACUGCAACAAAAAGGGACAAACUUGUGUUUUGCCUACUCCCCUUACCACAGUUGGCACGCUGCUGUGACCUGUGCCCUCCUUCCUCUUGGGUAUAAUCAUUCAAAACACAAACAAAAUGCGGAUGACGUUUCCCGCCUUCCCCC